AUGGUCAGCGACGAGCAGAUCGAGCAUGAGCGUCGCCAACACGCCCGCGUCGGCUCAUACUUUCUCGGUCCCCGCGCCGAGAACUUUGAUCUUCUCAGUGAAUUCUUCACUUAUGUCUUGAAUGAACAGAAAAACACGCGGGAGAAUCUCUACAAAGAUGAUCCAGCUUUCAUCACUCAAGAUAUGAUCAAGACUGAGGAGUUCCAAGGUAGUAUCGCUCAACUCCGUGAAGAUGUCAAGGAUAUCUCCAAGAAGCUGUCGACCAAUUCCAUUCCGUUUUGGUCGCCGAGGUAUAAUGCGCAUAUGAACAUGGAUGCUGCUAUGCCUAGUAUCAUCGGAUAUAUGGCGGCUAUGAUGUAUAACCCUAACAACGUUGCCACAGAGGCUAGUCCCUACACUACUGGCGUUGAGCGUCAAGUCGGGGAAGAUCUGUGCCGCAUGCUGGGCUAUGGCUAUGGUGUUGGUGGUGAGGACUCUGAUGUUGUGCCAUGGGGCCACAUUACCUGCGACGGUUCGGUCGCCAAUCUUGAAGCUAUCUGGGCGAUUCGAAACCUCAAGUUCUACCCGCUAUCACUUAAGCUCGCCAUGGCCGAAGGCGCACCACUCAACUUCCUUACCCGUAUUGAGCCGCCUUUCAAGGUCACCACGUGCAAGGGAGAGGACAAGCCCUUCAACGAGUUGUCUACUUGGGAACUUCUCAACCUGAAGCCAACCGCAAUUCUCCAGAUCCCCACUCGCUUGACGAGCGAAUAUGCCAUCUCCGCCACUUUCUUGCAGACCGCUCUGCACGAUUAUCUGAUUCAGACUGUGGGAAAAGAAUAUGUUGAUCAGAAGUUCGGUAUUACCAAACCUGCCAAGUUCUUCGUCAGUGCUACGAAGCAUUACUCUUGGCCAAAGGGUGGAGCUAUCUCUGGUCUCGGUUCCGAUAACUUUGUCGACAUUGCCGUUGACGAAGAAGCCCGUAUGGACAUCUCCAGCCUCCGCGCGCAUCUUGAGUCUUGCAUUGAAGGUGACGAUGAAUCUCAGUACACACCCGUCUUUGGCGGUGUCGUCAUCAUCGGAUCGACUGAACAUGGUGCCUGCGAUCCGCUUCGUCAAGUCGUUGAGCUUCGCGAAGAAUUCCAAGCUCGUGGUCUGUCGUUCGCCAUCCAUUGUGAUGCUGCGUGGGGAGGUUACUUCUCGUCCAUGAUUGAGCGCAGGAUGUUCGCUCCCAUUCCUGGUGGAGAUCUGCCGUUUGUGCCCAAGUUGGCUAUCCAGCCUUAUACGAGGGAACAACUUGAGUGUCUGCCUUUUGCUGACAGCAUCACAAUUGAUCCUCACAAGUCCGGUUAUAUCAAUUAUCCUGCCGGUGGCCUUUGCUACCGUGACCAGCGCAUGCGCUACCUCAUCACCUGGACCAGCCCGAUUGUUUACCAUCAAGGCGACGACAAGGGAAGUAUGGGCGUAUAUGGUGUUGAGGGAAGCAAGCCCGGAGCUGCAGCAGUGGCAACAUGGCUAACUCACAAGACCCUCGGGCUUGAGGUUGACGGGUAUGGUAGACUCCUCGGAGAAGCCAUCUUUACCUGCACCAAGCUCUACUGUCACUGGGCUACUUUGACCAAGCCUGAAGAUGACCUGAUCGUCGUACCCCUCAUUAGACUACCCAUUGAGCGCAACGGUGGCUCAGCUGAGGAUGUUGCGAAAGAAAAGGAACGAAUCCGCGAAAAGAUCCUUGGAGUCAGCAAUGAGGAUCUGUUCAAAGAUGAAGAGACUUGGGAGCUUCUCGAAACUCUCGGCGGCGAUCUAAUGAUCAACGCCUUCGCUUGCAACUUCAGGAUUAACGGCAAGGCUAAUACCGACAUCGGAGAGGCCAACUACCUCAAUCAACGUAUCUUCCAGCGCCUCUCCUACACCAUUGAAGAUGAUAAGACGCCAAUCUCUGAUCGACCUCUGUUCCUGACCUCGUCGUCAUUUGGUGAAAAGCCUUAUGGCAAGUGUUUGACCAACUUCAAGCAACGUCUUGAACUUUCAAACAAGGAGCAUACUGCCCAUGGAGACCUGACAUUCUUGGUCAAUGUGACGAUGAGCCCUUGGCCAACCGACUCGCCAUUCCUUGAGAGUUUGGUCACGUCCUUCAGAAAGAUUGCAGAGGAAGAGGUGCAGCAUGUUCUCACUCGCAACACCGAGAAUCCAGACAUUCACGGCUUCGUCGUCCAAGGCCAUGACAAGAUCUACCUAGUCCACAUUCCCAUGUUCAACAUGGCCGCUCACCGCUGGCAAGUCAUCAUCACCGUUGAACUCCCCGGCGACGUCAAAGAGCUAUAUCAGAAGCUUCGCAAGGAGAAUCCAGACAAGUUCUACACCAUUGCCAACGUGGAGCCUGAGAAGCUCGGUAACCUUCUUGAGUCAACUGGCGAUGUCGAAUUCCGACUGGAUGACGGCAUUCCAGCUAAUGGUGACGUUGAACCUCUGGCUAAGUUCAAGCUUUCCAAAAUCCAAGUUGUUGUCAAGCGAUCCAUGUCGCAUGAUGACUUGGACAAGAAAUACCCAGAUAGAAUGCCCUUCUAUCUUUAUGGAAGCAAUGCCGAGGCUAAUAUCGAUCACGUGCUGAGAACAUCGCCUAAUGCCCAGCUUAGCGGAGAUCGCGUCAAACUCAAUCUCGAACCUGCACUGAGCGAUGAGCAGCUUGGUAAGGGUGUAGUCGCUGUACUGGAAGACGUCUAUGAGAACUCAAUUCAGCCGCUACCCCAAGAGGAGAACGAGGAGGGAACCUUGGUCCUGAAGACCGAUGCACCUGGGCUGUCGCUUGUUGCCGAUCAUAAACACAGGGUCUCGGUGUACAACAACUACGAUGACUUCCUUGGAGGGUCUAAGCCCAUCUCAAGUGGUGACUUGAAUCUCACAUCAAAGAUCUUUGCUGAUUGGGGAAUGGUCAACAUGGAUUAA